AGUUUAAAACCAUAUCACAGCCAACAUCUUAGCCUCAGUCCUUACUGUUGUCCUCUCCAUUGUUUUUAAGAAGAAGAAGAAGAACAAGAAGAAGAAGCAACAUGGGCAAAGGUUGUGUGGAUGGACAACUAGUUACAACAUUGUAUGGUUCGCCUGUUCCUUUGAUUGGCCUCUACAUCGCAGCUGCAACUCUGGUAUGCUUCUUUUGCAUGACUUUUGAUUUGGUAUAUGGAUUAUUCAUUCGAAAGAGGCCAUUUCUGCCAUGUAAGUUGUUCAGUAUGAACUCAUUCACCAUGACAGUGUUAGCAGUAGCCACUAAAAUCCCAGUUGAUCUUACCACAUCCAUGCCAAGAGCUGAGGAUCAGCUCUCCAAGCUCACUGGCACUGCAUUGCUAUGCACCUCACUUGGGUUUUAUAUGCCUUCACUUGGGACCAUGGGAACAUCUGAGCGUUAUGGCAAUUUGGCUGCAUUGACCGUGAUAGUGAUUACUAUGGUUGUUAAUGUGUGCAUGCAAUUGGAAACUGGUCUCAUCUUUGCCUUUGCUAUAGAACACAUCACAGUCAUGGUCUGCAUCUUAUUAUUGCUUUUGUUGAUGUGGUCAUCUGCUAUAGCAUUUAAAGGCCAAAAAGAGUGGUUCAAAGGUCUUCAUGGACCUAAAGUUUCUAAAGAAGCCAAAAAUGCAAAGGAUGUACAGGGACUAAGAAAACUAUUAGUGAAACUCCAUUUACUCAACUAUACAAGCAACCCUCAGACAUUGUUAUGUGAAACUUCGCAUCAUCAUGCUUUCGGCUUACUAUGUACCCUUUCUUCAGCAAUUGUCUUACAAGCCAUGAUUAGGUCGAUUGCCCUGAAAAAUCUGAGUUUUUGCGGUACCACCGAUGUUUCUGACUAUAAAUGGUCGAUUCCCAUGGUGAUUGUGGCUCAAUUUCUAACCAUUGUAGUGGGGACAUUUUGUAUCAUCUAUAGAUGGGUUUCUUUUGUCAGCCACACUGACAAGAAAGAUCUUUGUGCACAUAGACUUUUAUAUUUUUUCCCAGAAAAUGAAUUGGUAGAUCUGAAGUGGAAGAUCUUACCUUUUAGGUUCCUCAACAAAAAAUUCUCAGUUGUCUUUCUAGUUGCCAAAGACUUUAUCAUGGAUGUGCUUAUACAAACCCAAAUCAUGUUGUAUACAUGCAGCAGUCGCUUCAUUGGAUUCCCAAUUUACACUGUUAAGACAUUCUUGGAAUAUCAUGGUAUCUGCUUCCAUGAUCAACACACUAAUCAGGAUAUUGAUCAAGAAAGGUAUAAUUCAGAAGAAAUAUUGGAGUUUAUAUUGUCAUCUCUGAGUGUAGAUCCUUUUGAGAGUUGGAUUAAAAAAAUGGCCAUGAAAGACAUUAUGAGAUGGAUAAAUAAUACCUAUAAGAUGGACUGUCCAAAUCAUCUCUUCCAAUUAAUAUCAAAAUGUCCUGCUUCAUCUAGAUUAGAAUGUGGCCUCACAAGAGAAUUACAAGCUAGUGGGGAAAGCUUGAUAUGUAGCACAAAACAAAGUGCUACUAAUGUGGUUACACAACUCAUUGAGGGUAGUCAUGGAGCACAACCAAAGUUUUUGAAAUCUAUUAUGUUAGAGUACGAGCUUGAGUACAAAGUUUCAUGCAUAUCAUUGUUGGUCCUUUCAGGAAUGCUUGCAGAAUUUAUGCCAUCAUCCCGCAGAGAAUUUCUAAAGCAAAGCUCCGAAGCCUUAGAUGAGUCAUUUUUUGAAAUCAUUUAUUAUGUUGACAAGAAGGCUCAUACUCCAGACCUGCAUGCUGAAACAAGAUGGACAUUACUAAAAGAUUUGUGGGUUCAUUGGGAGAAUCCAAACCAUUGGUUUCGAACUGAGAUGUUCUCCCAUGUAUUCAAGAGCUGUUCAUUCAAGAAUUCCGAGGAAUCUGAGUUUGAGUUACCUCAUGUCUUUGAGCUUCUUUAUGGUGCAAUUCUAGCCACAGGAGAAAUUAUCAGUGAAAGAUACCAUAACCUCAGUUACUCAUAUGAACCGAUGGUGGUUGAUGUGCAGAGGGGCUUGAUUGCAAUUGAAAUAUUAAUCAUUUUGAACUUCAUUAGAGAGAAGACUUAUGGAUCUGUCAAGGAUCUAUUUGAUUUCUUGGAAAUGUUUUUUAUAGAGAUGCUCUAUUUUACCCUCUCUGGUCUCCCACUUGCCAUACUGAAUGUAAUUGAUGGAUAUGAUCCAAUGGAAAUAGGUGAAGGAAGAGUGAAAAAAGCCUUGAAAUUCCUUUGUGAACUUGAGUUGUUAGGGGACAAAAUCAAAUGGUCAUGGCCAGAAUCUGAUACUAGAAGUCGAGCAAAUAAUGUUGUCAAUAACGCUCAGGUUGAGCCUGGCCAAACUAGUACCACUGCUAUAGCUGCUCCUGACUGUGGUUCCGAAGUUGAGGCUAAGGUUUCAAAUGUUGUUGAUGGAAAAGUUGACAAUGGUGAAGCUUCUCUUGCUGCUGCUACAGAUGAUGAUGAUGAUACAAUUAGAGAAGUUGGGUCUGAUGAGAUUGUUUGAAUCACAAUUUCAGUGCUUCUUCUGAAUGCUCAGUUAUAUAGGUAGACCUUCCCAGAAGAGAUGUAUGAUAUGCAUGGAUUGAUGGCUCAGACUUGGGGAUUGGGUUGGCUUAUACAAUUCCGAAUCAACUUAGCCAAGUUUUCGUCAGCAUUGGUCCAGUUACUGCAAAACAGGGGUAGGCCACAAGAUUAUAGAUAUAUGAUAUAUCAAAUUUAAGUUGAAAUAUAGUGUUAUGAGAAUAAAAUGUAUAAUUUCAAGGGGGUAUGUAAAGGCUUCUUUUCAUAACCCUUGAAAAUAGGGUGUUGUAUUUGGGCAUGGGGAACGUAGAUGGGCAGUGUUUUUUCUCAUUUUCAUUAUGCACGUAUAUAAUUUUGGUGACUAGGGAGUUCCAUACAAAGAAGGACCACUUGUGCAGUGGAUUGCAGACUGUUAUGAGGAGGCUGGAUUUCAUGAUAUUGCAAGAUUUAUUCUGUACUGAGAUUGAGUUGAGUUCUCGAACUCCCCCCCUCUUCCCUCCCUCCCUCCCUCCCUCCCUCUUUCUUGUGUGGUUAAAGGAUGUUUCAAUUUUUUGUUUGCCUGUAUAAAUAUUAAAAAUCCUUUGAAAAGAUC